CACCCCGCAGAUAUCAGAAAUAACGUAGAGUCACCGGAAAAGCACAGUCAUUUUUACUCAGUGAUCCCAGUGACUCGCCUGGGCCGGAGCCGGAAAGGCUGACUCAGCAAUAUAUAUUUCGCCUCGAGCACCCAUAGAGCCAGCAGCUUAUACUAGCUUAUACCAGUCCCCUUCGCAUGGAAACAUCCUCACCUGGAACUACAAUCCAACAUCAAGUUGAGAACCAAGUACCCUCUAUAGCGAAUCCAACCUCAAACUCGAGCAGAAACCGUCGUGGCAAUCGCCCCAGAAGUCACAUUCCUUCAGCGAAUGCAGCCAGUUCGAUUGUCGUAGUUGCUCCGGAGACAGAUAGUACAAGCAGCAGGAAGCCUCGCCGAAACUUUGAUCAGAACCGAUCUCAUGAUCACGGGCAGGGAAGCUCAAAUUGGCGUAGACCACCUGGCGCUUCCCAGACCACAACUGGCUCUGACUCUGUUGCAGGUGAAACAGGUGGUGGAAAUGCACGGCCAAGGAAGAAUCGCCCUCCAAGACGUCCCCAGGGGGCCAUCACUGUGAAUGAGCCCAACGUCACUGAUUCUCAACCCCAACCGCAGUCGAAGCGUCCAUCGCGACGUUCCAAAUUUAAUCCGUCACUUUCUGAACCGACACCGUUAACCGGCGAUUCAAAACCUGAGGUUGAAGCCCAUCUCUCACAGAAAGCUUCUUUGCCGCUCAAGAAAGCCAAACCUCCAAGACCCAAGGCACCUCUCGCCGAUGACCUCACUUCGACCCUUACUCAUGCCCUCAGCACCCAUCCUUAUCCUGACUGCCCAAUUUGCUUCAACCCCAUUCGUCCAGAACAGCCUACAUGGUCCUGCUCUUCUUCAGAUCUCUCCGAAAACCUCCAAUGCUGUUGGACCACAUUUCACCUGAAGUGCAUUCGGGCUUGGGCUUCCAAAAGCGUCAAGGACCUUCAAGAUGCAUGGCGUGCCCGUGGCGAGGAACGUACCGGCGAAUGGAGAUGUCCUGGUUGUCAAGCCAAACGUGAAUCUGUACCAUCCAGCUACCGGUGCUUUUGUCAUCGCAUCACAGAUCCAUCCCCCACUCGCCUUGUCACCCCGCAUAGCUGUGCACAUCCCUGCUCCCGCGUACGUAUCUCUGCUUGUGGUCACGGCUGUCCUCUUCCCUGCCACCCUGGUCCCUGUCCACCGUGCGCUGUUACCGUCCGGAAGGGCUGUUGGUGUGGACGCCAAGUCUCAACGGUCCGUUGCUCUUCCCUGGCAUCUCCAAAUGCCACCACUGGCGUGUCCUGUGGCGUCAUUUGUAGUAAACCCUUGUUGUGUGGGAAUCCCCAGCAUACAUGCGCUCAGGUUUGCCACCCUGGUGAGUGUAAGCCAUGUGUCGUGGCUGAAAUCGUCGCGUGUUAUUGUGGGAAAGAGGAGAAAGAAGUGCCGUGUGGCGACAGGAAAAAGUGGGCUGUUGUAUGCGCUGUUGAGGGAGAGCUUGGUUGGGAGGGCCGCUAUGAAUGUGAUGGCGUGUGUGGCAGACCUUUUGCAUGCGGAGUACACACAUGUGAGAAAGGAUGUCAUCCCCCGUCCUUCACACCUCCAAGAUGCCCGCUUGAUCCAUCCAUCAUGCAAACCUGCGCCUGCAGCAGGUUCGCUCUCCCUACUGUCGAACAACACGAUCGCUAUAUCCACGAACUGGAAUCAAUAACUACUCCCAAAUGCGACGCCAGUGGUAAAGACAUUGCGUAUUUCCUCGGACCCCGCACAUCUUGUACUGUUCCUGUGCCUACAUGCAAGCAACAGUGCAUCAAAACCUUACCCGACUGCUCGCACCAAUGUGGGGUAAGCUGUCAUACUGGCCCCUGCCCACCAUGCACCGAGCUCAUAGAGCGCACCUGUCGAUGCGGAGCGACGAAAGUGAUGAUCAAGUGCGGCGAAGUCAUCGAAACUAGUAAAGGUAACGAAGCCGGGGAUGUCCUUUGCGAUCGUGCAUGCAUCGCCCUACGCAUAUGUGGACGCCACCAAUGUAAUCGCAUUUGCUGCCCUCUCGCAUCCCUUGCUGCUGUGCAAAAAGGAAAGGGCAAGAGACGCGCAGGAUUGUUGGACGAGCUUGGUGCUGAAGAAGGCGGGCUACACGAGUGUGACCUCCCGUGCGGGAAGAUGUUGAGCUGUGGGAAUCACCGGUGCGAGCGAAAGGACCACCGAGGCGCGUGUGGGGUGUGUCUGCAGAGUGUUUAUGAAGAUCUUAUAUGCCCGUGUGGCCGGACGGCUUUGGAGCCUCCAAUUCCAUGUGGUACGACGAUGACUUGCAGUUAUCCGUGCGCAAGGCCUUCACCUCCAUGUGGCCAUUCGCGCGUCCCUCAUGCGUGUCAUGAGGGCGUCAUCAUCGCUGGUGCGGAUCCAAGCGAACCAGUGGAAGCAUCUCCUUGCCCACCGUGUCCUUUCCUCACCAGCAAACAGUGUGCGUGCGGGAAGAAGGUGGUGGAUAAUGUCAGGUGUGCGCAGGAGCGGGUGAGUUGUGGUACGGUAUGCGGAAAAUUGCUAGCAUGCGGUUUCCAUCAUUGCGAACGCUUGUGCCACGCAGACGACUGUGGAACGUGUACUGCUGUAUGCGGCAAGUCUCGCAAAUCAUGCUUGCCAGCACAACACCCAUGCACCCAACCAUGCCACGCCCCAGCAGCAUGCCCUGAAACCGAGGCCUGUCUCGCGCUCGUCACUCUCACUUGUCCCUGCGGCCUCCUCCGCUCCUCUAUCCCAUGCUCCCAAGGAAAUUCAACCGCUCAGCUCAAAUGCACUGGUGAAUGCGCAAUCAAGAAACGCAAUGCGCGACUUGCAGACGCUCUUGGCAUCAAUCCCGAGAAGCGCGAGGGUUUACAGGCCAAGGUCACUUACAAUGAUGACCUAGUGACUUUUACGAGAGCGAACAGUAAGUUUGUGGGGCUAGUGGAGAAGACGUUUGCAGAUUUCAUCACUUCUGACAAACGCACGCAAGUCCUGCCGCAUAUGCCUCCUGAAAGACGUAAAGUCGUGCAUGACCUCGCAUCUGUCUACCGCAUGGAUACACAGAUGAUCGAUCAAGAACCUCACCGAAGCGUACAGCUUAUCCGGCGCGUUGACACGCGCAUCCCGACGCCACUCCUAUCUGCGUCGCUCCCAUCACCAACGCCAUCGCCUGCAGUCCUAGGCAAACUCGCUGAUUUACGAGCUCCGAAGCCUAUAUCGAGCGUGACGAGCGGAAGUGGUGUAUGGGCCAAACCCCAACCAAAGGUCGCAGAAGCAGGCGGGAGGUGGACGGCAGUUGUCACACGCCCUGGGUCUGGGUCUGGGAGUCCUUCGCCUGCGCCUGGUGCGUCCUCGAGCUCGGGAGGGACUCAAGUUGGUACUGCUACUAUGAAUUUGAAACCGAGUGGUGGAGCGUGGGUGUCGUCCUCUGUGCAGCGCGCGAGGGAGGCAGCUAGUCUGGAGAUGGGUGGAGAGGAAGAGGCGAUACCGGAUGAUUGGGAGGAUGAUGUGUAGAGCCAGUUAGUUGAGAGCUUGGCUGGCGGUGAUCAUGAUGGGAGAGAUUUAUAGAUAGAUUUAACUGUGAUAAAGCGGACAUGAGGCUCGGAUAGCCGUCAAUCGGAAGUAUAUUUCGAGAAUAUACAUGAGGUUUUUUUCUAUUCCAA